AUGUCUUAUUGGAAAACUACAAUGUACAACCAGCGAUCAUGUCCUCAAACUCCGGCACCUCCUAAAAAUGGACCACGAUUUCCCAUGUCAGCAGCAAUACUCGAAACUCCUUCCAUUAUGAGCUCGCUUCGAGAGCCGGAAGAGAAGAACCGCCCUCCAAACAUGGUUGAACCACCUCCCCCCAAGCAGUUCGUCAUGUCGUACCCAUCGAACGUUUCUUUUCGUUCGCCCAAUGAUAGCAUGGCGUUCGCUGACCAUCAAGGCUCAUCUUCUAGACAGAACAUUAACACAACACAAUCGUUAAAUAGUUCAUUUUUGGAUUGUAGCUUCAGUUCAAGCAUCAGCACACCAUCAUCUUCCAUGAAACGGAAAGUUCCACUGGCAAACUCUACUAUCAGUAAUACGAACAGUAGUAGAAAAUCCGUGAGCUUCUCCUCGAAAAUGUCAGUAACAUCAGGAUUAAAAAGCUUUCACCGUUCCGGAGUUCCUGCUAGUUUGAAUGACUCGCUUCACCUACACACCAGCGGCACUACAGCACACGAAAAACAAAAGCUUCCUACAGAACGUGGGGGUGUUACGAAGUACAUCAAACUUACAUCGGCUAACAUCCCCUCCGACGUUCCUGCCAGUGUACAGGACUCGAAGACCUCGCUUCGCAUCGUUUCCGGCACGAUCGAACACCUGCAAAAGACGAUCCGUGAACAAGGUAGGCUUCCGUUGCUGCUAGAAACCGUUGCGAACGUGGUAAGCAUUAAGCCUGGUACGAGAAUGAAGGAGAAGGUUAUACUUUUACGCCAUCGAAAUCAAGGACCAGUUAUGCAAGGUGUAUACUAUGAGAUUGAUCUCGAUUUGCCCCAUUUAGUGGCGGGUGAUCUGGUGCGUUGUGUCGGACGACUUCAAUCAGUAGGAAGUCGGUUGCAGAUACUGAAAAUCGCUCGAACAACGGAACAGUACAAUCGGGCAAUCUUACGGUUGCAAACGGUCAGUGCCUUCACUACUAAGGUGAGACGCUAG